CUAAAUGAUUGAAAUUACUCAAAUUAGAUGCACAAAGGAAGUAUCCUCAGGAAAAGGCAGUGGUUUUAAAAACUGGUUCGCUUUCAGAACCUUGUUACAUCGUCUACCUGUAAAACCACAUGUCCUAAUUCUCUGUUUGGUUCUCGUCUAAUUCACUUUUAUUCUUCUAACAUAACCAAUCCGUAAGUUCGAAACCUUUAGUGUUUGCAAGAACGCAAAAAAGAGAUACUACUACAGUACUACUUAUCACCAAGAACCAAAGAUUGUGUGUUUCGGAUUACUCUUUGUUCUAUUGACUAUACGUAACGUGUAACCAAAAUGUUUUAAUUUUGUUUAUUUCUAAACCCCAAAACAAGAAUUCUAAACCCGAAUAUAAACCUAGGCGAAAAACAAAUUAUAAACUACGAAUAGUGAUGCCUAAAUUCGAAAGUUUUUUAAAUGUUUUUCGAAAGAAUGAGUCUUUUUAAUUUAAAGAGAAAGAGACGUGAUUUGUUAACGAUGUGUCUAAUCAAAUUUCCUUUUGAUUUAUCGGAUUAUUUUAAGUAUGUAAAUAAAGCCAAAACCUCUGUGAUAGGCCAAGAGAAAGAAGAUAGAUCAUAGACUAGAGAUAUGGAGGAAGAUCUCAAGAACUUCAUUAAGGUUUGGGUCUCAGCUAUAAUCUCCAUAUCUUAUUGCUACUACUUAUCAACCAGAUUCAAAUCUGGAGUUUUUCGAUUACUCUUCAUUCUUCCCGUUUGUGUUCAGUUUCUUUUCCUUCCUCUGUGUUUCUCCUCUCUUCACUUCACUGGUUUCACUGUGUUUUCCCUCACAUGGCUAGCCAAUUUCAAGCUCAUCCUCUUCUCUUUCAACAAAGGUCCUCUUUACCCAACUCCCCCUAAUAUCUAUCAGUUCAUCUGCUUCACUUGCUUCCCCAUAAAGCUUCAACAAAACCCUAAACCUCGAAUUCACUUGCCCAAAUGGGUUUUUGCUAUUAGAGUUGCUAUCUUUGGUGUGUUGUUAUAUAUGUAUGAUUACAAAAAAGAUAUGUCUUCAAAUGUUCUAUUGGUUCUCUAUUCUCUUCAUAUAUACUUGGAGUUUGAGAUUCUUUUAGCUCCCUUGAAACUUCUGCUUAGUAUGUUACUUGGGUGCGAUCUCGAGCCUCAAUUCAACGAGCCAUACUUAGCCACCUCUCUUCAAGACUUCUGGGGUCGCCGGUGGAACCUAAUGGUCCCUGCUAUCCUCCGACCGGCCGUCUACGUUCCGGUGCGACGCAUCACCGAACGGAACAUGAAGUCCGAGCAUGCUAAGUUCUUGGGAGUUUUUGCCACGUUCCUCGUCUCUGGUGCAGUUCACGAGUUGAUCUUCUUCUACUUUACACGUGAAUCGCCUACCGGAGAAGUCACUUUGUACUUUAUAUUACAUGGAGUUUGCACUGCUGCGGAAGUAGCGGCGAAGAGGACAGGCUUGUUGAAGCGGUGGAAGAUGAGUGUGAUGGUAUCAAGGCUGCUCACGGUGGGGUUUGUGGUUGUGACCGGUGGUUGGUUGUUUUUUCCUCCUCUUAUUAGGAGUGGCAUGAUCGAGAGACUCUCUAACGAAGUCUUUUUGUCCACUGACUUCACCAAGCAAAAAGUUUUUAGUAUUUUUGGUGAAUUUUCUAGAAUCUUGGGUUGAUGUUUUCUGUAGCUAAAAUUAUCACUUUUGCUGAAUUUCAGUAGAAAAUUAAACAGAGAUUCUGUGAUUA